AUGUCAAUCAACACGUCGCAAGCUUCGGCUCAAAGCGAGGUCAGCAGGACACAAAGGAAAGAAACGUACGCGGAUCUGAUUUACAAGGCCCUCCUCGGCCAAGGGGCACACCAGAUGACGUUGAAAGACCUCUAUCAGUGGUUCAUCGAUAACACCGAAAAGCCAAAGGAACGGCAAAGAGGCUGGAAGAAUAGCGUCCGCUCUAACCUCAGCCUGAACCAGGCAUUUCAACGACUUGAAGGCAAAACGUCUCGCUGGAGUCUCGCAACUUGUUCCGCAGAGGGCAUCCGACCAACGCACCAGUACCGAAACUGCCAGAGAAGUAGAGUCUUUACCAAACCCACCAAGAAAUACCGAAUGGUGCUGCUCCCUAGACCUCUGAUCCCAAGGACUCGGAAGGCCCGACGCAAGGUUCUCAGACGUCCCCCAAGCCAUGUCGGUCCCCAAUUUUCGGAUAGUCCCUGGCUCUACCCAUGCCACGAGCAUUCCGUGCCCCAGUACAUCCAAGACUUCAAGCUGCAGGGUUCUAUGGACACCAUUCAGGCUUCCUAUUCCAUGAUGUGGAAUGUAGCAUGGCCGUUUGGAAAUACCGAACCCGAGUCAGUGUGGGUGGAUUUGAAGACGCAUCUGCCUUGGUGCUGUAGGUUGCCUGAUACCCUUGGGUUGUGGUAGACUCGACUCCUCAAUGCAAGAAAGACCCUCAACUCUUUGCUGCCCUGCAUCGAAGACCAUUCUACCGCAUUCGCCCUCAGUUGUACGAAUUCCAUCGCUUGAUAAUACGGGCUGAUCAUACUCUUCCGCUUGCGGGCUAUAAUCAAGAACCCGUAUACGUUGAGCAGUAGGCAGUUUGCUGCUGACUUGAGUGCCUCAAGGCAAAGGUAGAGCCCUGUACUAUGAAAGUUCCUAAUCUUCUGAGUGGAAUUAUCCUGUCUUGCCAGCCAGAGAGACAACGUUCAGCUUCUGGGAGACCGGCAAACGAUGUCACUUAUGGACACCAUGGCUUUGGCUGAAAGGCCAAGCGAUAUGAUCAAGACGCGCGUGCUAUCUGGCGUCACUCACGGCUCAAUUGAGAUAUAUGGAGAGCUGCGGAAGCAAGAUUUU